ACCUGGCAGGGCUCUUGCGGGAGGCAGGAGGCGGCGGGGUGUCUGGUGUGAUCUUCCGGGCUUGUCACCGGUCUCCUUGGCCACUCGUUUGGUGAGGAAGCAGAGCCACCGGCCGACUGUGUUUUUCCGCCUGGGCCAGAGAGCCGCUGCACCGCUUUUAUCACUUUGGGCCUGGUCGAUAAAGGUCGUAUACUGCCGGAAGACCUCUCUCAGUCAUACAAGGAGAACAUUUGAAGGACCCACCAUUCAAGCCAGUCUGACCUUUCCCGUCAAUCGCUAAAGAAGGCCCUUGACUUCACUGCCCAUGACGACCUCCAGGGGUAGAAUUCAGGAAGCAUGGAGGGACUCUGCACCCAUGACGAAUCUGGCGUGCUGCUGUGGUGCUGCCCCAGAAGAAAAGGAUUCUGAUUGCUAACAGAAGCAGAUUUCCAGUGCGAGAAGUCCAGGAUACGAGAUAAAGAAACUGGUGCUGCGGGAGGUUAAAUAAUAAGCUCAAGGACUUAGAAGUUACGUGGCGUAGCUGGGAUUCCCUUCUGCAGUCCGGCUUUUUGUCCGAAGCCUUAAUCAUGAUGUUCCUGUACUUCAUAACAGAGUUCCAAAACUGAAGUGGACGGCCAGUACAUUAUAGAUAAGGGUUUUGUAAGAAAGACAGCAUGGGACUCCAGUCCGCUAACACAGAUUCCAAGAAGAGCCUUGGCUAUCUCUCAAAACACAGGCAUAUUCAUCCAAAAGCCCAGCCUGAUGUAAAAUACUCCUAAAUCACUGCAAAACAGUCGGAGGUAGAAGAGAGGAGAAAGAAGACCAAGAAGAGACUCGACAGGUCAGAAAUGAUAAGAGGCCGAAAUCAGACAAUGGAGAGCAAGGGAGUUGUUGUUGCAAAGCGUGUGUUUUAAAAGUGGAUGGAAGAAGUCUGAUCUGAUUGAGAACUACUCAUCUACCAGCAUGGUGGUUUCUUAAGUGAACUAGUGACUGAAUGGAGAUCAGUGAGUGGGGACGAAGUGGUAUGACUCCAGACCUGCCCCUCAGCUCCUGAACUUCAGCUUUGACACCUACGACCUGAGCUAUUGACUUUCAGACUGACCAUGGGACUCAAGUAAAUUCAAAUGCUCUUCUGGACACAUUCGUAGACUUUGAAGAGGCAGCAAGAAAGUCGCUUCUCACUGUUUUCUGCUGCUCAGCAUGAUUCAGAGUCUGGGCCUGGACCUCGAUGGCCGUCCUACCGCCGAAGUCUGUGCCACACACACAAUUUCACCAGGACCCAAAGGAGAUGACGGUGAGAAAGGAGAUCCAGGAGAGGAAGGAAAGCAUGGCAAAGUGGGACGCAUGGGGCCCAAAGGAAUUAAGGGAGAUCUGGGUGAUAUCGGAGACCAGGGCAACAUUGGCAAGACUGGGCCCAUUGGCAAGAAGGGUGACAAAGGGGAAAAGGGUUUGCCUGGGAUACCUGGAGGAAAAGGCAAAGCAGGUACCGUCUGUGACUGUGGGAGAUACCGGAAAGUUGUUGGACAGCUGGACAUCAGUGUGGCUCGCCUUAAGACAUCGAUGAGGUUUGUCAAGAAUGUCAUAGCAGGGAUUAGAGAAACCGAAGAGAAAUUCUACUACAUCGUGCAGGAGGAGAAGAACUACCGGGAAUCCCUGACACACUGCCGGAUCCGGGGAGGGAUGCUGGCCAUGCCCAAGGACGAAGCUGCCAACACGCUCCUCGCUGACUACGUCUCCAAGAGCGGUUUCUUCCGGGUGUUCAUCGGGGUGAAUGACCUUGAGAGGGAGGGCCAGUACGUCUUCACAGACAACACGCCACUGCAGAACUACAGCAACUGGAAGGAGGGUGAGCCCAGCGACCCCUACGGUCACGAGGACUGUGUGGAAAUGCUGAGCUCGGGCAGGUGGAAUGACACCGAGUGCCAUCUUACCAUGUACUUUGUCUGUGAGUUUGUGAAAAAGAAAAGGUAACUUCCCUCCUACUACACCUUUGUCAUUGCCCUGUGGCUGCCAGCGCAGUUAUUUUUAUCCAUCCUUUCCUUUCUACUGACAUGCAUUCAUUCUGACUCAAGACAAAUGAGAACUGCUAGACUGAGGUUGGGAAUCUCCAUCGCCAUGCUCGUCCAUGAUGAUUUUGGACAUUUGCAUUCAUGUUUCAUGUGUUAUUGAGCCAGUAACUCACAAGGUUCUGGGUCCUGAGAGUUCAAAUUACAAGUUAUGCUGGAGGUGGUCUAUGUCUCCGAUGAUACGUUCUUUUGGUAUUUUGCUCUGCCACCUCUCCCUAGAGUCCUAAACCACUGUCUAUCCAGGCCAGAGGUUAACUGGACAGUUGAUGGGUGAUGACCAGGCUAACCUGUUCUUGCUCAAGCCAGACAGAUGAGAGACCCUUCUGCCUUUAUCUGUCUUUGAACCCAAGAUCCCCAGUUCUUUGACCAGUCACCCACCAUGGCCGUAGCCACACUUGCAAGGUCCUCUUGUUUGCACAGACAUAGAAAUACUUUGACUCCGAGCCUCUGUGUGAGGCGCUUCAGCCUAGUGACCUAUUCCAGACCAUAUGGAUUCAUACACACAAGUUCUGUGCUUCUGAUUGACAGCCUGCACUGACUGAAGUGUACCGAGCCUUGGCCCCACUUCUCUUUAUAAGGCCGCAACUUAAAUCUCUGGCCCCCAGAUGUUAACCCUUUGAUCUGGGGAAAAGGGAACUUUAGAAAUUGAUAAGAAAAAAGAGAAGGUUAGUUCCCAAACAAUGUUAUUCAUAAUCCUCCUACUAAAUUGCCCCCUUCUAUUAAUUUGGCUCCUUUUUUUUUUUUCUCCUCAUCUUAGAUUUAUCCAUAGCAACUUUCCUCUCCUUGGGCAUGGAAAACGAGGGCAGGUGUUAGUGAAGCCUUCAGAAAACUCUAGAAACAACACCAAGUCUCUAGGACCCUCCCCCGCCUCUAAUGUAUCACUCGUGGUGACAUUUUGUGAGAGGCCCUUUGCUCUCCGUAACUGCAUGUUAUAAAAACCCCACGGCCAUGAUGCUGUCAGGUACUCUGGCAUCACAGGAAUGUGUCGGGUGUGGAGUUUGGAACAGGCCUAGGACUCACGUUCACGAAGCUGAGAAAGUUCUACUUUAAAGUACCGAUCCAACCUCAAAGCAGCUUCCAUUUGAAAUUUAAAACUAAAAGUUCAACAAAACCCUAGAUUCGCCCCUUAUAAGCUGCUGCUCCAGUUAUAGUUUGUGACAUAUAAUUAGACUGCUUAAAAUGCUGGCAAAACAGUUAAUGAAGUGGGAGGAACAGAUCAACAACAUAUGUUCCCCUUAAACCAUCUGUCCAUGAUUUCAACCAUGACUAUCUGGUUAUGAGAUAGGACUUAAUUAGGUUGUUUCUGUGAGUUUAUCAAGGGUCACAAGCUCAGGCCCUAUGGGGUCCCUACAGACGACAGAAGCAAAUGAAGUGGAACAGGUGGGGACACUGAACACAGCUUGCGCUCCUAAAGGAACCAGCCGCUUCUCAGUCACUGCUGCUUUUGCCAUAGAGGAUCCAAGGCCGCUCUGUGUACUGAUAUUUAAGAGAAGUCAGAAAGCUGGAACUUUUUAUCUUUACAUUUUUAAAUGUUGGCAACUAAUCAAUUUCAAUCCCAAUUCUAAGUCAUACAAACAGUCCUCUAGCCAAGAUUGUGACCUUUCCAUUUCUCCCUUCUGAAGGUUUUAAAGGAUGUCAUUAGGGUACAGUGACAUCAAAGUCAAAGUCUCUCAUUUAUAUCUCAUCCAACUGUGCUCAGUAACAGGAAUUUGGUCAAUGUUUGCCAUUCCUCAGGUUAAUAAAGUAGUUACUAGUUCAGACUUUCGAGAAUGUGGCGUAUUUUAAAGGCAGGGAGGCUUAAUAAAAAUUAUCAAGGAAGACGCCAUGUCAAAGCCAGUAUCCUUGUGUAGAAUGCCAGCCAAGAGCUUGAGGAACAAAAAUCUAGAAACACUUGGAGGAAAAGAAAGCGAUAA